AUGGGCAGCGCCGACUCCAAGCUCAACUUCAGGAAGGCGGUGAUCCAGCUCACCACCAAGACGCAGCCUGUGGAGGCAACAGAUGAUGCUUUUUGGGACCAGUUUUGGGCAGACACAGCCACUUCAGUGCAGGAUGUCUUUGCUCUUGUACCAGCUGCAGAGAUCCGAGCAGUGCGAGAAGAAUCACCUUCAAACUUGGCAACUUUGUGCUACAAGGCUGUGGAAAAGCUGGUGCAGGGAGCAGAGAGCGGCAGCCACACGGAGAAGGAGAGACAGAUCGUCUUGAACUGCUGCCGCCUCCUCACCCGUAUCCUGCCCUACAUCUUCGAGGACCCAGACUGGAGAGGUUUCUUCUGGUCAACUGUCCCUGGGGCUGGCCGAGGAGGGGGAGAUGAAGAUGAUGACAAUGCCCGGCCCCUGGCAGAGUCAUUGCUCCUUGCUGUUGCAGAUCUGCUCUUCUGUCCUGAUUUCACUGUGCAGAGCCACCGGAGGAGCACAGUGGACACAGCAGAAGAUAUCCACUCCAUUGACAGCUGUGAGUACAUCUGGGAGGCAGGAGUGGGCUUUGCUCAUUCUCCACAGCCUAACUACAUCCAUGACUUGAAUAGGACAGAGCUGCUUAAGCUGCUGCUGACCUGUUUCUCUGAGGCCAUGUAUCUGCCCCCCUCCUCAGACAGCAGCAAUGCCAACCCCUGGGUGCAGUUCUUCUGCUCUACAGAGAACAGACACGCGCUCCCGCUCUUCACCUCGCUCCUGAACGUUGUCUGUGCCUACGACCCGGUGGGUUAUGGGAUUCCUUACAAUCACCUGCUUUUCUCUGACUACCGUGAGCCCCUGGUGGAGGAGGCAGCCCAGGUCCUGAUUGUCACUUUGGACUAUGACAGCUCCACCAGUUCGAGUCCCACUGUGGAUGGCACGACCACUGGCACAGCCAUGGAUGAUGUGGAUCCUCCUGGACCAGACAAUCUCUUUGUGAAUUACCUCUCAAGAAUACACCGUGAGGAGGAUUUCCAGUUCAUCCUGAAAGGAGUGGCCCGCUUGUUAUCCAACCCGCUGGUCCAGACCUACCUGCCAAACUCUGCCAAGAAGAUCCAAUUCCAUCAGGAACUCCUUGUGCUCUUCUGGAAACUUUGUGACUUCAACAAGAAAUUCCUCUUCUUUGUGCUGAAGAGCAGUGAUGUUCUGGACAUCCUUGUCCCAAUCUUGUAUUUUCUCAAUGAUGCCAGAGCAGACCAGUCACGAGUGGGCUUGAUGCACAUCGGGGUCUUUAUCCUCCUGCUUCUCAGUGGGGAGCGUAACUUUGGGGUUCGACUGAACAAGCCGUAUUCUGUCCGAGUGCCUAUGGACAUCCCUGUCUUCACAGGGACACAUGCAGAUCUGCUCAUCAUAGUCUUUCACAAGAUCAUAACCAGCGGGCACCAGCGGCUGCAGCCUCUCUUUGACUGCCUGCUCACCAUCGUGGUGAAUGUGUCUCCAUACUUGAAGUCUCUCUCCAUGGUGGCUGCCAACAAGUUACUGCAUCUCCUGGAGGCUUUUUCCACCACCUGGUUCCUGUUCUCUGCUGUCCAGAACCAUCAUCUUGUUUUCUUCUUGCUAGAAGUUUUCAACAACAUCAUUCAGUACCAGUUUGAUGGGAACUCCAACUUGGUCUACGCUGUUAUCCGCAAGCGCAACGUGUUCCACCAGCUGGCCAACCUGCCCACGGACGCCCAGGCCAUCCAGAAGGGGCUGCAGCGCAAGAGGAAAACCCCCGAGCCCAUUUCUCGUACCAACUCCCAGGAUGGGGUCUCCAUGGAAGGCUCACGUCCUGCUGCUCCUGCUGAGCCAGGGACGCUGAAGACAAGUUUGGUGGCUACUCCAGGAAUCGACAAGCUCACAGAGAAGUCACAGGUGUCAGAGGAUGGGACCAUGCGUUCAUUGGAGCCUGAGUCUUCCCAACCUCUGCCAGAGGGUACCCUGCCCUCAGCUGGGAGUGAUGGGGAGGUCUGGAGUGGGGCAUCACUUCCCCGACGAGAUCGAAGGCGUCUCUCUAGUGCAUCCUCCAGUGGACAGUGGACCCCAACUCCUGACUGGGUGAUGUCUUGGAAGUCCAAGCUCCCCCUGCAGACAAUCAUGCGGCUUUUGCAGGUGCUGGUCCCUCAGGUGGAGAAGAUCUGCAUUGACAAGGGUCUCACUGAUGAGUCUGAGAUCCUCAAGUUCCUGCAGCAUGGCACUCUGGUGGGGCUGCUGCCUGUCCCCCACCCCAUCCUCAUCCGCAAGUACCAGGCGAACUCGGGCACUGCCAUGUGGUUCCGGACCUACAUGUGGGGAGUUAUUUAUUUGAGGAAUGUGGAUCCCCCUAUCUGGUAUGACACAGAUGUGAAGCUGUUUGAAAUUCAACGGGUCUAAGAGAGCACUUCCCUCUGCUGAGAGAAAUACACUGGAUCUGAGGACUGCUGUGUGCUCCUCCUCACAGCUACUCCUGCAUUUCACAUCCAGCUGAGAGACCAAAAGGACAAUCACUUCAUUUACCUCCCUGUCAUUUAAAGCUUUAAUUGGGACCUGCUUGGACAUCCCUUCUCCCAGCUCACUUCUCUUCCCUCACCCUGCACCAUGAACCUUGAGUGAAAGAUGUCUAAGGGAUUGUCCAUUGUUGUGGUUGCACUAGAAAUCAGGCAGUUCUUAGCUCUUCUGUUACUCUUUUGUGCCUGGAUGUGGUUUGGAAACCAAUCUGACCCUGUCCUUGCCCUGGUUAGAGUCAGCAUUUAAUUGGAAAAGACUCUCUCUAAAUUGGGUGCAAGGGAGAAGCUGCUAUUCCUGCAGGAGAUGGGGUUUGGAAACUGCAGUUACUUUCAUAUGGUUCCACAAAGUUUCCAGGCCAUCCCUUCUGGCUGCAGGUGUCUCCCUGGUGUCUCAGUUGCAUAUUGGUAGGGAAGUCUUUCCCAUCCAAGUGAAAGGAGAAAGUUGAUGAAGGAAAACUUAGUCUCGGUUCUGAAUCUCUCUACUCCUUCCCUGGAAAGCUGCUGAAGAAGUUUUGUAGUAGCCAGUGCUUUGGUGUGGCAUGAAGAGGCUUUCUUGGCUUCCAGGCCUGUCCUUUGUGGUGUGGCUGUUGCAAUGGAGUGUGUGUCACUUUGGAAAGUCCUGCUUAAUCCAUGUGAGC